CCCACACCGCAUUCGACAUCCGCCAAUAUUUUCUUAUUUUGACCAGAGAAAAAAAGCACCUAGCUGCUUACUUUAUCCUUGGAUUUGAAAGCGCAAUAUCCUCGCAGUCAAAGAAGAUUGGUCUCAUCUCAUGCCGAUGCGGACCACCUAACCCUUUUCCAUGUCUUGGGACCUCUUACGGAGACUGAUCGAUUCCGAUUAUUUCAACAAUGAUCCUUUCUUGCCAGUAGCCUACCUCUCCCGAUAUGCUGAUCACAUCGGAAUCCAUCAUGUCCUUUGCUCUAAACUCCGCCAGUUCACCCAUGAGGAGAUUGAGUUCUUUCUUCCGCAGCUAUGCCAUCUAAUCAUUAGCGUCGACAAUGAAUCUAUGGCCCUCGAGGAUUUCAUAAUUGAGCUCUGCCAGGAAUCUGUAAAUGGCGCUCUGCUGACAUUUUGGCUCUUUCAGACCUAUCUUCACGAGCUAGCGGACAAUCCUCAUUCCAAUGAGUUCAAGACAUGUCGGCGAGUGUACAAUCAGGUUCAGAAUAUCAUCUUUGGCGGAGAUGAUGUCCGCCGGGAGAAAAUACAUGACAACGUUUAUCCCAUGGCGGUAUUAGCCAGCUUCGUAUUAGCUAGUGUCGCAGCGCCGUUCUUACCUGGUUUUGCCGGUCCGCUGGCUAUUGCCCAGGCCCGCAAACCUCGACCACUAGGAGACACCCAGUUUGAGGCAAAAUCUCCGCAAGGACUGCGGAGGAGUCAGACUGUAUCAACAACCCCUUCAACGCGGCCAGCAAGGCCGAGGCAUGCGGGUACACCAACAAGACCUCCAGCACCCACUUCAGCCUUUGAUCUUCACGAUCUCCAUGAUCUUGGGGAUCGCCCAAGGCCCGCCCGCUCCGCAUCGCGUCCCUCGUCGAAACCUGCCAGACUCUCGUCGUUACAAUUGUCCUCUAAUGACUUUACUCGGCUCAAUUCCUCCUCUAUGCCCGAUAUAAGAACUCCAUCAGGCAUGCGAAAACCGUCUGAUCCAAGAGUGCCUAAUCCCACUCUCCGUCCAGCCGACCUCCCCCUUCGAGGACCAUCGCCCAGGCCCAAAACUCCACCGGCGCCACGUGAACUCACCCGGACCCAGCGUGUUCGGGUUCUGAAAUCUAAUUAUUUCAGAAGCGAAACCCUGUUUUUGUCUGCUCUUGAAGAUAUCUCCAAUCGCCUCGUUGUCGUACCUAAGCCUGCUCGUCUCAGUGCCCUACGUGCCGAAUUAGCUCUUGUAUCGCAGGACCUUCCAGCUGAAGUAGAUAUUCCCGUCAUCUGCCCAGCGACCCUUCCGGAUGGUUCAGCAGCGAAGAGUAAGCACCAUAGGAUUGUGCGACUCAACCCGGCUGAAGCGACUGUGCUGAAUAGCGCGGAAAGGGUUCCUUUCCUGCUCAUGGUUGAAGUGCUUAGAGAAGAUUUUGACUUUGACCCCGAUUCAGAGAGUAAUAAGGAGCUGCUCGUAAAGCUUGGUUCCGAGGAAGCUGCGGGGCGAAGGCGCAUAUUUGAUCUUACAGUCAAGGCUCGAGACAAAGAAUCAAAUCCAGAGAUCGAAAUCGAGAUUGAUAGCGUCUUUGAACCGACCACCGGUGACCUGGGCAGCUCUCCGCUCAUAGAAGAUCUUGAUGGCGUAGGUGUCUCGCCUCAACGCUUAUCAUCCGCAUUUGCCGGUCAGGGAAAUGCCUUGGCAUCCCCAAACCUGCUCAGUAAUCGGUCACAGCUCUCUUCACCUCUGCCCUCUGGAUCUAAUUCGCCCAGAAUAAACGCUUACGACAGAUCCACUUUAAGUGGCAGAAACCGAAAAUCGACCAUUGCAGGAGGUCGUGCGUCUGCUUUUGACCAGCCUGAUAUUCCCGCGCUGGCUACUCACAUGAGAACUGCUGCUCAAAUGCUGGCGCAGCUUGAUUCCAGUGGGGCAAAGCGGCCCAAGGACGAAGUGGAGGGAAUUAAGGCAAAAAUCAUUGCAAGUAUGCAGAAUCUUGAGGAGCAGAACUUCUAUGCCGAUGGGUCUGGCAGCGCUCCGACUUUCGACAUGUUUCUCGCGAACGAGUCAAUCGAAGACCCUCUUGGCCUCGGAGAAAAUGAGGCACCAGAAACACGACCCACGAGUGGUGCUGGUGCAGCGCGGAUGGAGAAUGACCAGAAGACUGGUGGCCUUGCUCGGAAAGGCGAUCGCGAUGAUCCCAGCGCGGCCACGUUUGGUGAAGAAUGGAAGGCCAAAAAGGAGCGAAUAAGAAAGUCUUCGCCCUAUGGUCUACUGAAAAAUUGGGAUCUCUUGAGUGUAAUUGUGAAGACUGGGUCAGAUCUACGGCAAGAGGCGUUUGCAUGCCAGCUUAUUGCCGUGUGCUCGAAUAUCUGGAGAGACACGGCCAUUCCGGUAUGGGUAAAGCGAAUGAGGAUAUUGGUAGCCGGUGAAUCCUCUGGACUGAUAGAGACAAUCACCAACGGCGUUUCCCUUCACUCGCUGAAGCGCAGUCUUACAUUUGCCACUAUUGCAGCUGGUACCAACCCUCGAAGACGCAUCGCUACUCUCAAAGAUCACUUUGUAAAGGCUUUCGGUGAACCCGAGACGGAGACCUACAAAGCAGCUGCAGAUUCUUUUAUGCGCUCUCUUGCAGCUUACAGUAUCAUAUCAUACGUUCUUCAGCUUAAAGAUCGCCAUAAUGGAAACAUCUUAAUAGACAACCAGGGUCAUAUCAUCCAUAUAGACUUCGGAUUCAUGCUUUCGAACUCGCCCGGCUCUGUGGGCUUCGAAGCCGCACCAUUCAAGCUGACACAGGACUAUGUCGACGUGCUUGGCGGGGUUGGUUCGCCAGAAUUUGAGGGAUACAAAGCUCUGUGUAAACAAGCUUUCCAAGCUCUUCGCAAAUCGGCAGAUAAGAUAAUUAUGCUUGUUGAUAUGAUGGGAAAGCAGUCCAAAAUGCCUUGCUUCUCAUCCGGCGUUGCUCAGACUGUCAUGUCUCUGCGCCAGCGCUUCCAACUUCAUAUGAGUCAGGAAGAGGCCGAACUCUUUGUCGAGACUGAUUUGAUAGGAAAGGCUUUGGGCAGCUAUUAUACCAGACUUUACGAUACAUUCCAGUACAGAACCCAAGGCAUUUACUGAUCAAGAAUUGCGGCAAAAGUAUAUAACUUGCAUUUCGCGGAGUCUGAAAUGUCAUUUUCGUUUUGAUGAGGAGUUGGAUCAGCGACACCUCUUGCUUUUAUACCC